GGAAGUGUUGUAAAAAAGAAGCUCUGCCUGUUCCGACUGGAGGACAAGCUACGUGUAAUAUUUGAUUGAAAAUGGCUGAUAGGAAAGCCAAUAACAUCCCCAGCAGCAGCGCAAAUCUGCUGUUUUCAGCGGCUCCGGAGUUCAACUUCAGCCUGCCGUUCAUACCUGUCAGUCAGGCCACCGGCCCCGCGGUUUUAUCCGGAGAUGAUGCCAGUGAAGUUGGAGAAGAAGACAGUUUUCUUGGUCAGACGUCAUCAGCAGCUCCUCAAGCCUCCACAUUCAAUUAUUUUUCCAACACGACUAACAGCAGCGACCCAUUUGCAUCUAUAGGGCAGCAGCCAUGCCCGCCUCCAGCUGCCACCGUCAUUCCAUCAACAACAGGCCCGUCGCCUGCAUCCACUGCAGCUAGCCUGCCUCUAAACCCACCAAUAUCUCACAUGAACCCCAUUCAGCAGUAUGGCAGUGUUACUAAUCAAACCCCUAUGAGUACAUACACUCAUCCACCUAAUGCACCGACUCCUCCUCCUCCUACCCAGAGCUCCCAGCAGUCCUAUAAUCCAUACCGUCACACAGCUGCCAGUAGCAAAGCUAGUCCGUACCUCAUGGCUCCUGAAUUACAGCAGCAGCCCCCCAGCCAAACACCCCAGCAUCUAAACCCCUAUUCUCAGGCCACACCUGCUCCCUCGUUCCAGACUCCACCCACAGCGUUUAACAAGCCUCCCCCAACACAGAUUCCACCACCACCUACAACGGCCAGCAUGACCGGACCAUUAGUCCCUGCCAACUCAAUGGUGCCAUAUGCAUACAAUGUUUAUGAACCUGUUCAACCUCACUGGUUCUACUGCAAACAAGUGGAGUCAAAGAUGGUCUGGCUUCCCUUUAGUAUUCUGGAUUCCAUUCAGUUGGAAGAAACAUUUAACUCUGUUCAGCCAGAUCCAGAGAAUGUGAUAGUGUGUACGGACGGAGGGCGCUAUGAUGUGCAGCUGUAUGACCGCACACGGACUGCCUUGUACUGGGAGGAAGAGCCCACUGAGGUCCGCCGCUGUACCUGGUUCUACAAAGGAGACGCAGACAGCCGCUUCAUCCCCUAUUCAGAAGACUUUAGUGAGAAGCUGGAGGCAGAAUAUAAGAAAGCUGUUACCACUAAUCAGUGGCACCGGCGACUGGAAUUCCCUUCUGGUGAGACCAUCGUAAUGCACAAUCCAAAGGUGAUUGUGCAGUUUCAGCCGUCUGCCAUGCCUGAUGAAUGGGGCACGACACAGGAUGGUCAGACCCGACCUCGGGUCGUCAAGAGGGGUGUGGACGAUGAUCAGGAUGAAGUUCCUGAUGGUGAAAUGCCUCAGGUGGAUCAUCUGGUGUUUAUGGUGCAUGGCAUAGGCCCCGUCUGUGACCUGAGGUUUAGGAGCAUGGUGGAGUGUGUGGAUGACUUCCGCAGCGUGUCCUUGAAGUUGUUGCAGAGUCAUUUCAAGAAGGCCCGUGAUGAUCAUCUGAUUAGUCGUGUGGAGUUUCUGCCUGUGCACUGGCACACAGCUCUGCAUGGUGAUGCCACAGGCGUAGACAGGAGGAUAAAGAAGAUUACUCUGCCCAGCACAGGUCGUUUGCGUCACUUCACUAAUGAAACCCUCUUAGAUGUUCUCUUCUACAAUAGCCCAACCUACUGCCAGACCAUUAUGGACACCGUGGCUUUUGAGAUCAACCGCUUACAUGCACUAUUCAUGCAAAGAAACCCAGACUUCAAAGGCAGAGUGUCCAUGGCUGGACACAGCUUGGGCUCUUUGAUACUUUUUGAUCUGCUGUCCAAUCAGAAGACUGGCUCACCUUCAUCAGGUCCAGUGACCAAUGGAAAUGCUCCGCCUAAUGUGAAACAGGUAAGUCCUGUCAUCCAGGCCAAUGAAGUGCCUACUGUAGCAGCUGCUGAGGAAGAGUCUAAAGAGGAAGAGGAGGAGAUUGGCAACCUGUCAUCAAUUCUGGAGAUGUUGGGGUUGUCUGAAUAUCUGAGCACUUUUGAAACUGAGAAGAUUGACGUAGAGUCUCUGCUGAUGUGCACAAUAGAUGAUCUGAAGGAAAUGGCUAUUCCUCUGGGGCCACGUAAAAAACUUGCCAAUGUUCAACUGCAUGAACAGCUCGCCAUGGUCGCCAGUCAAAUCAAAGCAGAAGAGGAAAAGCAGCAAGGGGAAGAGGAGAAUAAGAUGGUUGAGAGUCCUGAGCCCCAGAAGGAAGAGGAGACCCAAAUAAAAGUGGGCAUGCUGAAUGGAGGUAAUCGCAUUGACUACGUCCUGCAAGAGAAACCCAUCGAGAGCUUCAAUGAAUACCUGUUUGCACUCCAAAGUCAUCUCUGUUACUGGGAAUCUGAAGAUACAGCCCUGCUUCUCCUCAAGGAAAUUUACAAGACCAUGAACAUACACCCAGAUCAUUCAGUGCAUUGAUGUAACGGCUCACUAAAACUCCUCAGUCAUCACAAAUCACAUUACUUUGAAGAUAAAAGAAUAUUUUAAACAGUUUUCAACUCUUCAUCUGGGACUCUUUAUUUUAUUUUUUAUUUUUUAUCUUGUAGUCUAUAUUAAAAUACACUUGUAUUAUUCCAUGUGUCUUAAAUUAAGAAAUGAAAGUCAAAUAGUGGAUUUCAAUAUUCAGUAUAAAAUGCCAUUUUUAUAGCUUAAAUUAUAGAGUUGCGAAUGUUUGAGUGCAAUUGCAAAUGGAAUCAAACGGUAUUAACAGAAACUUUAUCUAUAGUUAGUGAAGAAAUAACUAUGCUGUGUAAACCCUACAACCAACAAAUCAUAAUAAACUGAACUAUUAUGAGCCGUUUUGUCGAUUUGGCUUGUUAGACUAUGUUACAGUUCUCUUCAAUAUAUUGGGAUAUUUAAGAAUUGAUAUUAGCUGGCAGCCUGGCACAGAUUUAGCUCCCAAAAUUUGACAAAACUGCUGGGAUCAAAUAGCAGGUUUGCAUUUCAAGGUUAAACUGCU